GGAGUGCAGAGGUGUCACCAUAGCUCACUGCAGCUUCAACCUCCUGGGCUCAAGUGAUCCUCCCACUUAAGCAUCCUGAGUAGCUGGGACCACAGGCGCCCACCACCAAGUCCGGCUAAAUUUUAAUUUUUUUUUGUAGAGAUGGGGGUCUCGCUUAGUUGCCCAGGCUGAUCCCUAACUCCUGGCCUCAAGCAGUCCUCCCGCCUUGGCCUCCCAAAGUGUUGGGAUUACAGGCGUGAGCCACCGCGCUCAGUCUGUGUAUCCUGAUUACUAAAUGUUGGGGUGUCUCCUUAAAUUCUGUGCCAGAAGCCAGUGCGUCACUCGCCCUACCCUAAUUCCACCCAUCCCGGUGACCCAAUGUCCCCGUUCAACCUGCACCAUGGCGCUUCCCAGCCCCGCUCCUAGCGCCUCCUCCCGCCCCUAGGGGUCGCCAUCGCGCCGUCAUUCCCUUCCUUCGAUUCCCGGGCGAGACGCGCAGAAGGUGGGAGGAGGAGAGGCCCGCGCGUGUGCAUGCGCAUGGCGUGGACUCCCUCAUCCUGGUCAGGGAGUGGAGGGGUUGGGUCUCAGGCGGCUGUUAGCGGAGUCCUCAGUGUCUCGGUCGUUUCUCCCUGUCUUGGUGAGGGCCAGGGGACAGGUCGGGGCAGUAUUUGGGGGAAGCGAGAGGCAAGCAGGGCGGGCUGGAUACGGAGCGCCCUAUGACUGAGGUUAGGGAGGACGCCCGAGACCCCCGGCAUCCUAGUCCUGGGCCUUGGGCUCCGGACGCCGGGCCAGGACUCCUCCAGCUCCCAGGGUCCCUUGCGGGGACCACGUUUCCCCACAGGCUCCGCGGCUGCCAGGUCCUCGCCACGUCCCCUUCCCGGAGCUACGCGCCCGGCUGGGUUCCGAUCCGCCGUGUCUCUCGGGGGCGGCUCGCGGGGCAGGGGCCUCCCGGCUCGGCCGCACGCCCAAGUGUCAUGCGGGACGUACGCGGGCACGGGACCUCACCGGAGAGAAUGAUGGCUCUGGGAUCUGAAAUCUUUCCUUUCGCAGGAACUGGACACGGCAGUGAGGACCAGCGUAUCCAAGAGGAUGGACUUAGUGAUGGGGAACACCUAGGGACAUGCCCGAGAGCCUCAAGAAACACCUUCAGAUGACAUUGCCCAGCGUCUUACAUUAGAGAACUCUCCAGACAGCCCCCGAGGCCUGGGGCCGGGUGCUGCUCCCAGACUGUGAGCUCGUGGCCACGGGAAGCCUGAGUGCGGCAGAGGCCCCGCAGCUGCGCCAAGUGCGGCAAAGCCUCCCGUACAGUUACUCCCUGAGCGGUCAUCUCCGAAGCCCUGCUCAUGAGAAGCCUCCCCUUUGCCCUGACUGUGGAAAGCCUUUCAGCCAGAGCUCCUACCUGCUGCAGCACCGGCAGAUUUACCCAGGGCCGUCAGCCCUGCAAGUGCGAGGCCUGAGGGAGGGGUUUUACUCAGAGCGCAUCCCUCCUCCAGCACUGGCGGGUCCACAGCGACUGGUGAGAGACCUUGUCGCUGUCCCCAGUGCGGCAAGACCUGCUGUGGCCGCUCCAACCUCAUCAAGCACCAGCGAGUCCACUCGGGAGAAGCCAUUCGUCUGCGGGAGUGCGGCAAGGGUUUAGCGGCCAGCUCUGCUGCUGGCUCACCAAGGAGCACACACUGGCCGAAGCCCUGCGUCUGUCCCCAGUACCAGCAGGUUUUUGGGGACCGGUGGAAGCUGAUCGACCAGUGAAUUCACACAGGAGGUGUCCCUUCUGCUGCUGCAGCUGCGGUGACAGUGUCAAUGAGAAGACCUCCCUCUCCCAGCGCGUCCUUCCGCACCCAGGGGAGAAGACCUGCAGGGGUGGGAGCGUGGAGAGCGUCAGCCUCGCACCCAGCUCAGUCGCCCCGGACAGCACCUCCGGGCUCCGGCCCUGUGGGAGCCCCGGGUCCUUCCUUCAACAUCUGCCCCCAUCCACACUCCUGCCCCGACCUCCCUUCCUUUAUCCUGGCCCCCCACUCAGUCUCCAGCCUCUGGUUCCAUCCGGCCUUCCCGCAGUGCCUGCAGUGCCUCCGGGAGGCCUGGAAGUUGCCCAGGUUCCGCCAGCCACCCAGCCGGCAGCUCAGCAGGAGGGGGCGAUGGGGCCCAGAAGCUGUGCGAGCGCGGGACGGGACUCGCGGGAGGCGGUUCAGGCCCCAGGCUACCCUGAGCCCGCCCGGAAGGCCUCGCAGAACAGAGCGGCCCGACCGCUCGGCGAGGCCAGGGCCAGGCUUCAGCGACAGUGCCGAGCUCCUCCGCCGCCCUCGAACCCACACUGGAGAGGAGCCCUACCAGUGUUUCCGGUGUGGAAGGCCUCCAGCCGGAGGUCCAACCUGGCCCGACACUGAAGAACCAGCGUGCUGCAGCCCUGGAUGGAAUAGUUGCAGCCGCCGGUGGACUGUGGAUCUGAGAUGCAGUCCCCUCCCUCCACACAGACCCGCUCAGGACGGCUUUUCUGUAUGGCAGAUCUUUCUCAGAAGUGCUGGGGGCUAUUUUGUUUGUUUUUUUCCCCUGAAUUCUCGCUCCUUUCCCUUAUACAUUAAGGGAUUUAGGCAGGUGCGGCUGCGGGCGGUGGUGAGAGACAGAGUGAGACCCUGUCUCUCUAAAAUAACUAAAAUAACAAAAGGAUUUAGGUAGGUAGUAGGCAAAGGUAUAUUAUCGAAGUAACAAUAAUAUACAAGGUAUAUUCUUGAUGUGGACAGGAAUAAUAUUGUGUUAUCUUAAUAUUAGUGAUUAAUAUUAUUUCUCCUUUUUUUUUUUCUUGAGACGGAAUCAUGCUCUUUUGACCUAGGCUGCAGUGCAGCGGCAUGAUCUCUGCUCACUGCAACCUCCAUCUCCCGGGUUCAAGCCAUUCUUCUACCUCAGCCUUCUGAGUAGCUGGGAUUACAAGUGCCCACCACCACGCCCAGUUAAUUUUUGUAUUUUUAGUAGAGAGGGGGUUUGACCAUGCUGGCCAGGCUGGUCUCGAACUCCUGACCUCAGGUGAUCCGCCCACCUCAGCCUCCCAAAGUGCUGGGAUUAUAGGCAUGAGCCACAGCACCCGGCCUCUCUCGUGCUUUUUAGAUAAGUAUUUUUAAAAGUGUUUGUUGGUUGUCGGCUGGGCGCGGUGGCUCACGCCUGUAAUCCCAGCACUUUGGGAGGCAGAGGAGGGCGGAUCACGAGGUCAGGAGAUCGAGACCAUCCUGGCUAACACGGUGAAACCCCGUCUCUACUAAAAAAAAUACAAAAAAUUUAGCCGGGCGUGGUGGCGGGCUCCUGUAGUCCCAGCCAAGCUGGAGGCUGAGGCGGGAGAAUGGCGAAUGGCGUGAACCCGGGAGGCGGAGCUUGCAGUGAGCCGAGAUCGCGCCACUGCACUCCAGCCUGGGCGACAGCGAGACUCCGAAUCAAAAAAAAAAAAAGUGUUUGUUGGUUGUCUUAACGAUGUGCUAUUAGAGUGAGGAAAAAAAGUUACCCUAUGAGAAUUUAAACUGCAUGAAAGUCUGUGGUAGCAUUACUGGUUCGGUUUCCAAGCUUGCUACCUCAGUCCUUGAUGCCUCUUUCUCCCAAUCCAAGUAGUAUCAGGCACUGCCGUCUACUUGUUGUACCUCAGAAGAGUUUUUCGACAGCACCCCGUGCCCUGUGUGGCCCGUGCUCUCUCACAGGUGCAAGUCCUGUCAUCAUGAGCCUGGACUGUUGCAGAAGACUCCUAGCCAAUCUCCCCUGCUUCCCGCCUCUGCAUUCUGGUUCAGCAUCCAUAGAACCUACCAGUUAUUAUAGAUUCCUCCCUCAGACUCCAGACUCCAGACUCCAACACUAAAUCUGAUGUCAGUCUCCUGCCCGAAAGGAUCUCCUGCCUGCCACUCCCACCCCUCCACCCCCUCCGCUGACCCCAGCAGGGCCUACAGAACAGGGUUCAAAUGCUUUAGCGUGGCAUGCAUGCUUCUCCAUUGGGCUUCACCUGACCUCUGUGCCUUUGCUGGCCAGGGCCUCCUGCACCUCUGUGUCUUUGCACUUAUUUCUUUCCACUGCCCAAAAUGACCUUUCCCCUUUUCUGUCUCCCAGACUUGCCCUACUCAUUCAUAUGAGCCCCACUUCCACUUAGAGACUGCCCCACCUCUUGUGUCACACCUGACGUGGUGAGUGCUCCAGUGGCAUUAAGAACAUAGGGCAUGUCUGUCUGGUAACCUGUCUAUCUCCCCAGCAGACUGAGCUCCACGAGAGCAGAGACCCUGGUGCAGGGCCUGGCUCACAGUGGGUGCUCAAUUAAUAUUACUUAUGUGAAGGAACCACUUCCAGCUGCUCAAGUAUUCUAUGCUAAAACUUGGGUUUCUUUCAUCCUUGUUGUCCUCCCAAGAUACAAUGUGUACAUAAUUGGAAAGUUAGCCAAGGUGACUAUGAAGGUGACCCCACCCAAUCAAUCUAUGUCUUCCUGGUUACUGUGCCUGUCAUUCGAUGAUUCCAUGGUUAUGUCUAUAGUGAUAACAGAAAAAAGCAACUGAAAACAAUAUUGUUUACUCGGGUCUCGUGCAUCUCCUCCACACAUUUGUAGAAAUGAGAUUACCACAAAUUGCCAAGACGGUUACAUCAAAUUUUCAGCAGCAUCAGUCAUAGGACAAAAAGGCCUUUGAGUGUAUUUUUAAUAAUCAGCAUUUACUGGUGGCAAAAUACUGGUUUAGAAAAUAUCUGAGAUUAUGGUCAGGCACGGUAGCUCACGCUGGUAAUCCCAACACUUUGGGAGGCUGAGGCAGGUGGAUCACCUGAAGUCAGGAGUUCAAGACCAGUCUGGCCAUAAUUUCAGAUGGUGAGAUUAUAGUGAAACCCCAUCUCUACUAAAAAUGCAAAAAUUAGCUGGGCGUGAUGGCACACAUCUACAAUUCCAGCUACUCAGGAGGCUGAGGCUGCAGUGAGCUGAGAUCGCACCACUGCACUCUAGCCUGGGCGACACAGUGAGACUCUGUCUAAAAAAAAAUCUGAGAUUAAUAGGUUGCCAUUUUAGGAGCUCUUUAUAGACCAGCUGGCCUGGUGGUCCUGGUUCCGUAAUAUGUGAAGUAAAGGUCUCGCAGGGGAGCACCAGUUUCAAACUCUGUCCUAGUUUGCAGCCUUGGCUGGAGUGACCCCAGUCAUGAGGCAAACUGAGCACAAGUGUGCAAGUGUCAUGGAUUCAGCCAGAACAUCAGUGUUCCCAGCAUCAGACACAGAUUCGGGAGAAAUCAAGUCACAGUGUAGAGAUGUAUUGUGAUGUGUCACUACACUAUUAUGAAAUGGAAGAAAAUAAAAUUACAAGCCUCAACCUUUAAA